GAGACUUCUAUAAUGUUCGUCAGUCUCAUCCUCGAAUUCCCUCAGUUUCGUUCUGCCCAAGCAAAGCAAAGCCAAAACCCCUCUAAAACCGUCACAGCGCUCGCAACUAGCCAAGGGCAAGGGAGCCAAUGUUUGUGCUCACUAGAGACCAUGGCCUCCUCCAAACCGGCGCCGGUCGAUCAAAUCCUCCACAACUUCAAGGCUUUCCAAAUCUCAAUGUUGUGCUCGCCGGAGACCAUAGCCUCCUCCAAAACCAUUCUCUCAGUAGCCGCCACGCUCACCGCCUCAGCCGUUCUCUUCCGAAACAUCGCAUACGAUCUCGUCCCCGAAACUCUCCAAGGCUACUUCCACUCGCGCCUUCACAAACUCACCACCUGUUUGUCUUCCCAGCUCACUGUCGUCAUUGACGAAUCCGAUGGGCUCACCCCAAACCAGAUGUUCGAGGCCGCCAACCUUUAUUUGGGUGCAAAGCUUUCGCCAUUGACGCAAAGAAUCAAGGUCCAUAAGCCAGAGAAAGAGAAGGAGCUAGCUGUAACAAUUGACAGGGGCCAAGAAAUGGUGGAUGUCUAUAAGGGUAUGAAACUCAGGUGGGUUUUGGUGUCUUCACCCAUUGACAAGCCGGUUUCAGAUAGAAAGAGCAACCGAUCAGACGCAUUUUCAAGAUCUGAGGCAAGGUUUGAGCUAAGUUUUCACAAGAAGCAUAGAAACAGAGUGCUCAGCUCUUACUUACCCUACAUUCUACAGCAAGCAAAAGCGAUAAGAGAAGAAAGAAAGACAGUGAAGCUUCAUACCAUUGACUACAAUGGAACCGACUAUUGGAGCUCCAUCAACCUUGACCAUCCGGCAACUUUUGGUACAAUGGCUAUGGACCCAGAAAUAAAGAAGGCCCUGAUCGAGGAUCUUGACAGGUUUACAGGAAGAAAGGAGUAUUAUAGGAGAGUAGGGAAAGCAUGGAAACGUGGGUAUUUGUUGUAUGGACCGCCCGGUACUGGAAAGUCAAGCUUAGUUGCAGCCAUGGCUAAUUAUCUCAAGUUUGACAUCUACGACAUGGAUUUGAGGGAGGUUCAGUGCAAUUCUGAUCUACGGCGGCUAUUGAUCGGCACGGGGAGUCGAUCAAUAUUGGUAAUAGAGGACAUUGAUUGUUCAGCCGAGUUGCAGAAUCGGGAAUUGGCUAAUGAAGCCAAAUCUGUAGAGGAUGACAAGGUUACGCUCUCAGGUCUGCUGAAUUUCAUUGAUGGGUUGUGGUCGAGCUGUGGAGAUGAGCGAAUCAUUGUGUUUACGACGAACCACAAAGAUCGUCUCGAUCCAGCUCUACUGAGGCCUGGGCGUAUGGAUGUGCACCUCCACAUGUCAUAUUGCUCGUUCAGCGGCUUCAAGACAUUAGCAUCUAAUUACUUGCAAAUUCAGCAGCACCCAUCGUUUGAAGACAUUGAAGAAUCCUUGGAGAAGGCCGAGGCAACGCCUGCUGAAAUUGCACGAGAGUUGAUGAAGAGCGACAAUGUGGAAGUUGCUCUACAGGGGCUUAUCAAGUUCCUACAAAGCAAGAAGGAAGAAAAUCUGGUGGCGUCGUGGACUAAUGACUUGAGUUGAAUUCAUAUUAUCAAGAAUUUCUAUUAUCUAAGUUUUGACAUUAUAUACACAUGCUACAUUUGCUUGCGUCAUAUUCAUAUUA